AUGAACACGGCCUUUUCCCUUCUCACUGACCCUUGCCCCAUAAUAUCCGAAGGAUUGGAAAUAUGGAAGGACCUUUACGCCCAUUCACCGACGGCAUUCCCACUGGAUGAUAAGGAUAUCGACUGCGUCUCUGACGAAACCCUCAUCAACCUCCUCAAGUCUGCCCCGAUCCUUUACGAUCUCAGCCAAACGACAGUGGUGCGAUUGUCUAAGGAUCUCAUUUUAAAAGGCGGCGGCAAUGUGCUGCCUUGUGAGGCAAAGGUCCUUCAACUAGUUGCAUCAAAGUCCAAUAUUCGAGCUCCUCGUGUCCAUCGGUCUCUCCAUUUCAUGGACGAUACGAAAUAUUUUGGCACCAUGGGAUAUAUUGUGAUGGAUUAUAUCGAUGGUGAACCGCUUGAUGGCUGCUGGAGAGAUCUCAGUGAUGAACAAAAGAUGGAUGUCGCGAAGCAGACGGCCCAGAUGAUCAUUGAAAUGCAGUCCAUCAGGCUAUUGGAGCCAGGUCCGAUCGGUGGGGGCCCAUGUCGCGGUCGCUUCUUCACGCACUACAGCGCCGGGCCUUUCAAGGACGUGGCUGAAUUCGAGGGCUGGUUCAACCACAAGUUGGACAUCUGUAAAACAUACAAGCACGCAUCAUCAGACCUUCCGCCCUUCAAGUUCACCGAGUUUGUUCUCACCCACCAGGACAUCAGUCCGCGGAACCUUAUUCUGGACCGAAACGGCCUGGUGUGGCUCGUGGACUGGGCAGAUGCGGGUUCGUAUCCCCCAGCCUUGGAAAUGGCAGCUCUAUGCUCUCAAUCUCAGUUCAUCGACUUCAAUGACAUGGUGCUGUCAUUACUGCCGCGAUACCCUUUGGAGGAACAGCAAUUAGAUUCCAUUGGAUACGCCCUUUCAACAGCUGCACUGGCUUGA